GCCCACAAGCCCAAAAAAGGGCCCACCAUCUCUACACCUCUCAUCAUGGCCAUCCAAUCACAUAUCCCUCUCAUCUUCCUACUAGGACUCUCUCUCUUCUUCACCCUCACCCAUGCAGCCACCUUCGAGAUCCGAAACCAAUGUCCAUACACGGUCUGGGCCGCUGCAGUCCCCGGCGGGGGCCGCCGUCUAGACCAAGGCCAGUCAUGGACCAUCAGUGCAAACCCAGGCACGACCCAGGCUCGUAUCUGGGCCCGAACAGGCUGCAACUUCGAUGGCAAUGGCCAAGGCAGCUGCCAGACUGGCGACUGUGGCGGCCGCCUCGAGUGCCAGGGCUAUGGCCAGCCACCCAACACACUCGCCGAGUACGCUCUGAAACAAUUCAACGACCUGGAUUUCUUCGACAUCUCACUCAUUGACGGUUUCAACGUCCCGAUGGACUUCAGCCCAGUGUCCGGCGGUUGUAGAGGGAUCAGAUGCACUGCUGAUAUCAACGGUCAGUGUCCAAAUGAGCUGAGGGCCCCUGGUGGAUGUAACAACCCAUGCACUGUCUUUAAGACUGAUGAGUACUGUUGCAAUUCUGGCAAUUGUGGGCCCACCCCAUUGUCUAGGUUCUUUAAGGAGCGUUGCCCAGAUGCCUACAGCUAUCCUAAGGAUGAUCCGACCAGUACAUUUACGUGCCCCAACGGUGCAAACUAUAGGGUUGUGUUUUCAGCUACCUUCGAGAUCCGAAACCAAUGUCCAUACACCGUCUGGGCUGCCGCGGUCCCCGGUGGGGGCCGCCGCCUUGACCAAGGCCAGUCAUGGACCAUCAGUGCAAACCCAGGCACGACCCAGGCUCGUAUCUGGGCCCGAACCAACUGCAAUUUCGAUGGCAAUGGCCAAGGCAGCUGCCAGACUGGCGACUGUGGUGGCCGCCUCGAGUGCCAGGGCUACGGCCAGCCACCCAACACACUCGCCGAGUACGCGCUGAAACAAUUCAACGACUUGGAUUUCUUCGAUAUCUCGCUCGUCGACGGUUUCAACGUCCCGAUGGACUUCAGCCCAGUGUCCGGCGGUUGUAGAGGGAUCAGAUGCACUGCUGAUAUCAACGGUCAGUGUCCAAAUGAACUGAGGGCCCCUGGUGGAUGCAACAACCCAUGCACUGUCUUUAAGACUGAUGAGUACUGUUGCAAUUCUGGUAAUUGUGGGCCCACCCCAUUGUCUAGGUUCUUUAAGGAGCGUUGCCCAGAUGCCUACAGCUAUCCUAAGGAUGAUCCGACCAGUACAUUUACGUGCCCCAACGGUGCAAACUAUAGGGUUGUGUUUUGCCCAUGAAAACCUUCUAUGUUAUGAGAUUGGACAACCAUAUUAUAUAUGUGUUAAGGUUCAAAAAUAAGAAAUUUCGAAAUCCUGGUUUGGGUUUUGGAAGAGUAUGAAAUAAAAGUCGUGCAGACGUCUGCAUGAGAUGGUUUUGUUA